AUGGGUUGCUUAGGGAGGAAAACUCUGUCUCUCCUCCUUGUUUUCAUGCUAGUAUAUCUACAUGGGGCUUCAUCUCAGGAAACAGGCCCAGCGAGGCUGAGAAAACCAUUUUUUGAGAGGCUCCGUAGACUAGAAGAACAGUUUCGAAGAUUCCAAGAGGUGACCUUAACACACCUGCAGAGCAUUGCUAGCAACUACAACGUGUCCUACAACAUCGAUGCCCGGUUCCAGAGCCUGGAGGAAGAAAGACAGGCUAUGGCUCUUGCGGCCAACAGGUCCCAGGCCAUAGUCCAGGGGGACCUGGCCCAGCUGAAGACCUGGGUGAGGAAGAGCAAGCGCAGAAGCCAAAAGGUGGAGGCUCGGCUCCAGGCCUUGGACCUCACCCUGAGCGCACAGCGCAGGCAACGGGCACAGGAGGGGAAGGAGCAGAAGGCGCAGCGGGAAGCUAUGGCCAGCCUGAGCCAGGCCAUGCAGGCCAUGCAGGACACACUGGCUGGCCUGACACACCAAAUCCACAGCCACGGUGCCAGACUGGCCAUACUCGAGGGCCGUCUGUGGAUGGACAAUCACGGUACCACAGCUCCAGCAGGGACCCUUGCCCUGACCCCCAGCCAGCCUGCAAAGCCAGGCCCAGGCUCCCUGCAGCUGCAGAGGGACAGGCAGACGCAGGGGCUUUCCACACUCCAGAAUCACCCUGAGGAUGCCUCUCCCCUUCCCCUGAGGCCCCCAGCCCCAAGCAUCCGUCAGACUCUCACACCACCAAAGGACCCUCCACAGCUAGCAUGGCCCCCCCAGAGAUGGGGACAUGGUAAGUUUUGCAACGUGGGCCCUGUGUUCAUUUUCCCCAACGCCUCCACCCAGAACGUGAUCUCCUUCAAUCCCGGCUUCCUCACAGCCCUGCGAGCCCUGUCCUUCUGCAGCUGGGUCCGCACGGCUGCUGGCCACCUGGGCACCCUCCUCUCCUACGCCACCCAGGAGAAUGACAACAAGCUGGUGCUACACGGCCGGGACUCCCUGGCCCCUGGCUCCAUCCACUUUGUCAUUGGAGACCCAGCUUUCAGGGAGCUGCCACUGCAGCCGCUACUAGAUGGGCAGUGGCACCAUGUCUGCAUCGUCUGGACGUCCACUGAGGGCAGGUACUGGCUUCACGUGGAUCGCAGGCUGGUCGCCACUGGCUCUCGCUUCAGAGUAGGCUACGAGAUCCCUCCUGGAGGGUCCCUUGUGGUGGGCCAGGAACAAGACUGCCUGGGGGGCGGGUUUGACAGCGCUGAGGCCUUCGUGGGGACUGUGGCAGGCUUGGCCAUCUGGGACCGGGUCCUGGUCCCUGGAGAAAUCGCAGACCUCGCCUCGGGGAGAAAGCUCCCCACAGAUGCCGUUCUGACACUGGCCAAUGCCACAUCAGUGGAGGGAUUUGUAGGGAGGAUCAGCUGCAGCUGCCUGGAGCACUGUCCUUGA